GGAAGAAAGCGGCGGAGACAGAAGAUAUUGCAAAGUUGAAAGCUCAGAUCGAGAUGUUGUGUAAGCAAAAAGAACCUGUUGUAGAGAAGAAGAAGAGCAUGGAUGAAGAUGAAACUGCGCCUGCUGAAGCUGAGGAUUGAUGAGCUACAGAAGACUCGCGAUGUUGCAAGCACCUCCACUGAGGUUAGUAACUCAGACGAAAUUAUUCGCCUUCGACGCAAACAGGAGGCUGUAAAAAUCACCAUGGAGAAGCGCUUAGCUACACUUGAAGAGGUUAUCUUGGCCCUCCAGAAACAGUGUGAGGUGGCCGAAGCCAAUGCUGAAGUCUGGCGUAACGAAGCUUUACGACCGGGAAACAAGCGAGGUUCCGUCGCUGUGGGACAAACUCCGAGCACCGAGGCUCGUGUUCGGCCAAGAACCACACCAAUGGUAUCUCCUCACGCUACCGGAAGAGUGGAUCAGCGACUGAAGGAGCUGGUUAAUCACAACAAGCAGGAAGUCGAACUUCUCAAGGAGAUGAGGUUUAGGGAGGUUAAUGGGCGUAAGGAAUCUGAGAAGGGAGUGGAACGACUGAAAGAAGAAAUGGCACGUCUGCAAACCUGUCUCAUACAAGGGACAAACUUACGUAAGAAGAUUGAUGCCGCGGCACAUGCGUCGACAGCGAAGAAGAAGCCUGCUGAAGCGUCACCGGUGAUUCUGGUUAGCCAUCGAGAAGCAACUCUAAGAGCGACCAGAAGGGAAUUGCGUAAUUUGAAGAAAGAUGUUGUUCGUCAUUUAUGCGAAGAGGAGGGAGUUACUUAUACUACCCUUGAUGCAGCGAAGGAAGCGGUGGCACAGGCAAGGGCGGAAAAGGCCAUGAUCGACGACGAAUUGAGCAAAGACCUAGGUAAGUCUGAUGAUGUGGUCAAAGUUACUGAUGCGGACGAAGCAUUAAGCAAAGAUGGGGGGAGCAAUUCGGCAGAAUCUUAGGGUCAUCCCCCGGCGCGGCUUGGUUAUGGAGACUGUUCAUUAUUUGUUUUCGUUUACGAGCCGAGAAUGUCGUGUGGUUGCACUGCAAGGAAUUGAGUUGUCUGGUGCGCUUCGUAGUGUGUUGUCUUAUUUUCCUUGGGUUGAUCCCGUGGUACAGUAGAUUAUUUGGCUAUGUUGCAGAGGUUUUUUCUUCCUCACGAACGCUUGGAGUUGAUGCGUGGGAGGGACCAGUCGUAUAUGCGUUUGUGUCGCCCUGGUUUAAGCAUACGUACGUCGGCAUUACUAGUCGGGAUUUGCACAGUCGAUAGAAGGAACAUGUGUACAGGAGUCAUAGCAGACAGGCGUUGGAGAAUGGUAAACGAAAUGAAAAGUUGUAUCAGUGGUUGCGACGUUGUGGUAUUUCAAGUUAUCUUAUCGUUCUAUUGUGUUGUUGUGAGAGUAAAGAUUUGACGAUUAC